AUGGACAAAUGCUUCUCACAGGCGUCGUGCAGCAUCAUCAACAGAAUUGAAACCAACUGGUCAUCGAUGCCCCAUUAUGGAAGAGUUCGUUCGGAUGAAACCACGCCCACCUUCCACAGGGCGGAGCUUCCAACAUGUGGUGUGAUGCACUCAUCAUUUCGUCUGGCAGACCUGAUGUGGACUCCAAACCUUUUGUCCUUGCCCAACAAACCAACUUUUGCUAUUUCAAUUUUACUCUUCAUCCUCUCUACCAACCCCAUCAACAACGCAAAUCCUGUGGUGAGAGUUGUUGUUGGUGGUGGUGGUUAUGCUAGCAAGCAGGUUGGUUCAUUCCAACUUAGAAAUAAUCUCCACCCGCCAGAUGUAACUGAUGCGUUUGAAAUGAACAUAAACAUUGUUGGGCAUGAAGAUGCCGAUGAUAUUGAACAACCACAACAUCAACAAAGACAACAACCACAACAGCAACAAGGACGACAACCACAACAGCAACAAAGACAACCACAACAACAAAUCACCCAACAUAUUAUCAACAGCAACAUACUUAACGAUCAAAGUUACGAUAAUAAAAUUAGCAAUGACGACAAAAACACAGACACUUUUAGGAUGGGCAACAACAUGAACGAGGAUGUCAACAUGGAAAAAACAGAAUUACAAAAAGUGAACUUAAGAUCUAAAAGAUCCAUCCAUUCCGUUCAAGUGGUCCACGAACUGAACAGACAGGCGGAUUGCAUUAAGAAAGGCUUUUCAAAGUGUCCGAGUAACAAGAAAAUGAAAAACCAGCGAGAAGUAUUAGCAUGA